AAUCUCAGUUUACAUCAUCUCAGAAUGAACCCGGCAAGCCCAGUGUUAGGCCUUUUGAAAGUGACCUGUGUAAGGCCUGAAAGUUGACUGUGACAGAAAAGUACCAAGUGAGUCAAGUCUCUGAAGGAGUUCAGAGGAACGGGUUGCAACAGAGGCCAUCUACACAUUUCCUGAAAGUGGAUGUGGGAAGAAGGAACUGAGCAGCCAGCUCAAAACCUCAAAACCAGUCUUGCCUACUCAUUGAGGUUGGAAGGACUGCAAUAUCCUGGUCCAAUUCUUCUGCUAAGAGUCCCGAAGAAGACCCUUGGACCAGCCUCUGAGCCACCAUGAUCCCUAGGCUCCUUUCCCUUCUCUGCCUCCGGCUGUGUGUUGGGCAAUCAGACAUUCCGGUCAAUGGGCCACCUCCCAAGCCCAGCCUCAGCGCCUGGCCCAGCUCAGUGCUUCCCACCAAAAGCAGUGUGACAAUGCGAUGCAGGAGCCCUGCUCCAAGUGAAUACUUCAUCUUCAAAAAGGAAGGUAUCGUUUUGGAUUCUGGGAAGCCACGUGAUUUGACAGAGAAGAUGACUGAGUUUCAUAUCGCUGAGUUACAGCAGAAUCAUGGAGGACAUUACACCUGUGAAUCCUUCAGCAAAUGGCCCAAUGGCACCGGGACCCAGCCCAGUGAUGCCCUUCUCCUAUUGGUCACAGGGUACUUGUCUAAACCUUCCCUCCAAGCCUACCACAGGGGCACAGUGCCUGCAGGGAGCCAGGUGAUACUGCAGUGCCAGAAAGCGGGCAGUGUGCUCGGACCCAUGAGGUUUGCAUUGCUGAAGGAGGGAUGCUCGGCUCCUGUGCAGAUAAGGAGCUCCACAGGAAGGGUGCUUGACUUCUCCCUUCUGAAUGUGACAGCCAGAGACUCGGGGAGAUACAGCUGUGUGUACUACCAGGCAAAGGCUCCCUAUCGGGCCUCAAUCCCCAGCAAUCCCCUGGAGGUCUCUGUGACAGAGCCCCCAGAUACCAUGAGAGAAGGCUACACCGUGGGUAACCUCAUCCGGUUUGGAGUGGCUGCUGUCACUGUGCUGAUAAUGGGAGGCUUCCUGCUUGAAGCCUGGCAUAGCCAGAGGCUCUCUCCAAAUAGACCCUGGCCCCACAAUGCCCUGGGGGCAUAAGGAAUCCUCGGUGAGAUUGGACCAAAUUAUCCCUGUGAAUUUCUGUGCAACCACGAUGCCAGCUUUUUGAGAAUCAUCCAGGGACAGGAUGAUGGCUGCCUCAUUCCGACGCUUCACAUAGAAUGGAGGCCAGGCCUGGGCACAGAUGUAAUGAAGCUUUCUCUGUCCCAACCUGCCAGCUUCCAAAUAACCACGCGGAGACUUAUUAUUAAUUAUGAAAGCUCGACCUUAGCUUAGGCUUGUACCUAAC